AUGAGUGGCUGGCUGAUUUGCCGUCGGAUUGCUUGGAAAUGUGAUGUUUUGAAGACAAUCCACUUUUCAUCUCUCCUUAGCCCCGUAAUUGACGGUGCCAUACAUUGUCGGACACGCCAAGAAUCCGUUCAAUCUCGCUUCUGCUUCGAGUCGUUUGGGUGCACUAUGAAACUUCGAGGCCUGCAUAGGUUAGCCUAGCCUAGCCUAGUCUAGUUAGCUGUUAGCAAAGAGAACAAACUCCGCGCAUGGGAUCAACACGUCGCCGAGCAAACAAACAUCAAGUCCCAAAAUGUCUGAUGUCAGUCAAGCGCAUUGUCCUGAACGCCUGGAGUCUGCUCGCAUGGAGGUAGCUGAAGAGUCGCCAUACAUCAAGAAGGUGGAGGUAGAAUUUGUCCACAUUAAAGAGGAGCAAGAGGAGUACUUCAUUAGACUGCAGAACCCCCACAUUGAGGAGCAGCAGCAACCUCAUCCCCUCAAAAAGGAGGAGGAGGACCCUCCAUAUGUUAAAGUUGAGGUGGAGGACAUCCCCAAGUGGACUAGUGAGCCCUUUAAGGGUGAAGAUGGAGGUCCGAGUGAAGCCAGCGGGACGGAGCCUCCGAAUGGCAGCAACAGCAGUUCAAAAGAAGGAUCCCAAGCAGACAACCCCCUCACUCGACCAUCAGAUAUUGACGACUUCACAUCACACUCACUGUUCUGUUUCAGCAAAUAUCUUGGUCCUGACGCUCAACAACUAAAGAGAGAAGUACAACUUCCAAUCAAAAAGGAGGAGGUAGAGCUGCCAUACGUUAAAGAGGAGGACAAUAUCACCAUGUCGACCGGUGAGCCCUUGAAUGGCGAGGACGGUCCGAGUGAGGUCAGCAGAGGGACGGAGGCUCCAAGCGGCGGCAGCAGCAGCUCAACAGAAGGAUUGCAAACACAGAUUUUCAUCGCACCAUCAAACAGAAAUGGUGCCAUGUCACACUCACCUUACAAGGAUGAUCAUGGUCAUAAGAAAUCUCACUGUGACGGCCAACUCUCCAAAUGCUCUCAGUGUGGGAAAACCUUUGCUAAUAACUAUACUUAUCGUAUGCAUAUGAGGAGCCACACCGGUGAAAAAGCUUUUUCCUGCUCAGUUUGUGGAAAAACAUUCACUCAUAAGAGCAGCUUUGACAGACACACAAGAACCCACACUGGUGAAAAACCUUUUUCCUGCUCAGUUUGUGGUCAUGGAUUCACUCGAAUUCACCACUUAGAAGCACACACAAGAACCCACACUGGUGAAAAACCUUUUUCCUGCUCAGUUUGUGGUAAAAGAUUCACUCAGAAGUGCACCUUAAACACACACACAAGAACCCACACUGGUGAAAAACCUUUUUCCUGCUCAGUUUGUGGUAAAAAAUUCAGUCGCAAGUACGUCUUAAUAAGUCACACUAGAACUCACACUGGUGAAAAACCUUUUUCCUGCUCAGUUUGUGGUCAAGGAUUCAGCCAUAAGGGUACCUUAAAAUCCCACACAAGAACCCACACUGGUGAAAAACCUUUUUCCUGCUCAGUUUGUGGUCAUGGAUUCACUCGAAUUCACCACUUAGAAGCACACACAAGAACCCACACUGGUGAAAAACCUUUUUCCUGCUCAGAUUGUGGAAAAACAUUCACUCAGAAGAGCAACUUUGACACACACACAAGAACCCACACUGGUGAAAAACCUUUUUCCUGCUCAGUUUGUGGUAAAAAAUUUGCUCGCAAGGAUCAGACGAAAAGACGUGUGUAGUGGUGUAAAAAGCAGUGGCCAAUAACUGUUUUGCCUGUCAUCUAUGCUGCCUAGGUCAGGUUGUGCACACAGGUCAAUUGUAGUCUGCAGAGUUUCCUCAAAUCCUGUCGAGGAUUGGCAGUAUUGGUGCUUUACAUGUGCUUUGUCCAAUCCUUGCAUAAUGUGGAUCCACACUAUUGCCAAAAGUAUUGGCUCACCUGAUUGAACCCUCAAGUUGAGUGGCAUUAUUUAUACAAUACUCUCCCUCUUUCAAAUUACACUUUUCACAGCUAAUAUUUGAAACACUAGACCCCAAAUUACAAAAAUUCUAAAUCAUUCGUCAAUAAUAUAACUACAUAAAUAUGGAAAAUAUGAUUUGAUGUUGAGCUAAAAGAUAACUGAUUUCCUUAUUUUGGAAACUGAUUUUAAAACGCAGCCUCGAGAGCUGCUUUUAUUAUCGUUGACUUAAGUGGCGGUCGCAAAGCGCUACGGAAAGUAUGUUGCUGCUUAUUCAGCUACAUUACCCCUAUGUAACAGGAUGACUUUUUUUCCCUCCUCGCAACAGUACGACUAUAAUAUCGCAGUCCUCUUUAUUUUGGCCUCAUGCUUUGUCGUACAAAUUGGACAAUGAUUAUUAAAUUUGUUUGUACUGUUAAUCAUUCCGGCCCUCGUCGAUGAAAAUAUCUCUACUUUGCUUCAAAUUUUAAAGUGCUUGUACUUCACUGUGCUUGUUAAUUUUAUUCAUGAUGAACAACUUGCUUAUAUUCCUUCCUUGCCUCCCCUUCCCUUUGUUCAGAACAAGCCUAAUUUUAAUUGUAAUAUUAUAACUCAAAACUAAGGUUGUAAAUAAAACCGAUGCUUCGUCACUAAGUUGAUUCUAAGAUUCAGAAAAUGUGAUGUGACUGCCUUUUCUGCAAUACCCAAAGUAUCAUUGGUACCGACGCGAUCGACGUGAUUUGGCCGCUUCUAUUGUGCGGCAUGCGAGGUUGCACAAGUUUCCCGACAAGCGGUAAAACACACCGCUGAAGAACGAGAAAACCAGUCAAUGUAUGCAACAUGGCAGUGGCAUGUGCAUUUACGACAUUUUUUUUUCAAUUCUACGUUGUUUAGUUUAACCUUUUAACAGCUAAGCCUUUUUUUCCUAAAUCUGCAUACCUUUGAUGUUGCCUUUAUAUUUCAAAUAAAAAAACAUCACAAAUGCCAGAUUGGGUCCCUUUUUUAGGACACUAUAAUGUCCAAACUGUUGUUUCCUUCAGCCAAUUAUAAUCAACAUUUUGUACCCAAAAAGAAAAAAAAAACUCUAAACAUCUUUGUCAAAAUUUGUAAUAUUAAUGUCCCAUUGAGAACCAAACUUGCUCAACGAAACGUUUUUAAGGGUGAUGUUUAUUCAACUUGUUAGGAUAAACAUUCAACAGAAAAAAAGAUAGUUUUAUAUUUGAUAAUGCAACAAAAACAGCAGGUAUGGUAAAGGGCCUUUUUGUCCUUUCUACAUAUUAUGGUCAAAAUAAGUUAUAUACAGGAGACCAACAGUGCAAAAUUGUGAUUAUAUAUAUUUUAUACACAGUGUAACACAUAUAUUUUGUAUAUAAACUACAAUAUAAAAUUUGUUAGAUACUUUUCCUCUCAAUGUGCAAAACAGGCCAUAAAAUGAAAACUAUGUACAUUUUUUAAUCUUUGAUUCCUCAGAGGCCUUGGUCAGUUCCUCUCUGGCUGGAAACACAGGCCCACAUUGUAUAUCUCACACAUCCAGGCAGUGCUCCUCUGCAGACUUUGCGCCCCAUGCUGGCUCUCUGCAAUUUCGGUCUAUGACCACACUGGAAUCUCCACAGUCCUCUCCAGGACAUAGGUCAGGUAGAAGACGAGUACUUAUUACGCUGUCAUUUCAUUUCCUACACAGUAUAUCUGUUCCUCAUCACAACACGACUGUAGCAAGUUAGUGGCAGGGGUGAAAGUGGCUAGGAAUUUCUUGCAGGAACUCCCUGACAUGAAGGUCGCCACGGAGCCAGAAUCUUUUUGGGGGGGUCAACCCUCGGAAAACCACUGAAAUGCAGAUAAAACUGCUUUUGGCACGGUUAUUCCUAUAACACAAAUUUUCAUUCUAUUUUUUUCUCAAUGAUUUGCACAAUAAAAGUUAACAGAACCAGCAGUAACCCCAACCUCCAUCUCUUAAUUUUCCCCCGACAUUUCCUAAAUGCAAAACCUCCAUUUAAACUACUUAAGAACAUUGGAUGUUCAUUAAAAUGGCGUGCUGCACUUGAAAUGUCAUCUAUGCUCAUUAAUAUUCAUGACGUUAGCAACUGUUGCUGGGUGGAGGGGUCAAACAUGCAUAUGUCCCUCAUGCUAGAUGCAUGUAAAUGGUGUACGAAAGAGAUGUUUACAGAGCUAAACCUACCAAUUCUGUCCGAAAAUGAUGUCCCUGGUGCCAAAUUCAUUGGUAAAGAUGUGGAAUAGCAUUCAAAUGUUCCGUUAAAGAGAUGGCUUGAGUGUCGAGGGUAAAAAAAGACGGGGAAAAAGAGCCGACCUGAUCCAGAGGUAGCCUUACGCCACUGACAAUGACAUUCUCCUGUUUCAACAAGCUAUCCUUUGCCACCCUAUGCCCUGUCUUCAUUAUAUAUUAUAUCCUCUGGUUGUGUUACAUCUCUGACAGUUGUUCAGGAUGAUUUAUUUUGUUAUUUUCGUGUGGCAAUCGCAUAUGCUAGUCAGUGAUAGCCAACGAACACAUUUAAUUUUUUUUGAAUGAAUGAAUGCUUUAUUUUGGACAUGAGAAAUUAAAAAAAAAAAAAAAAACGACAAAACCAAUGAUAAUACUUGAGAUAACGGCAACAAUGUUUAAGACAAUAUUAAUAAUAAUAAUAAUAUCAGAACUUGUUCAUUGUUUCCUAAAAGGAGUAGGAUGAAGCAUUUGCUCAUUAAAACCUACACCCCCUUUUCUAUUCUUCAAUUAUAUCUGUCCACCCUAUUUAACGAGUCCUCAUAUCAACAAAUAAAUAAAGUUAAUAACCAUACACAUAAGAUGCUAGAUGAACAACAAUAAAUAGGACCAAGCCAAUAACAGAUAUGUGAACACAACCUAUCUCUGAAACCCUUCUUCUUCCCUAUACCCUGUGCUUUUGCCACUUCCUAAACUGGGUCAUGCUUGGACAUUGCUUGAGCCCCUCAUCUAGUUUAUUCCACAGCGUUACUCCACAAACAGAAACACAAUUUUUUUUUAAUGUAGUUCGUACCCUCUGAUGCUGUCAGUGAAGCUCCCGCCUCAAACUGUAUUGACCUUCUCUGUUAAAAAACAAUUUCUGUAUAUUGGCAGGAAGUCACCUGUGUAUAGCCUUAUACAUGAGCUGAGCUGUUUGAAAAUGAAACAAGUCCCUGAGUUUUACUGUUCUGUAUUUUAAAAAUAAUAUAUUAUUAUGAUCCCUAUAACCAGCAUUAUGUACUAAUCUUACGGCUCAUUUUUGCAAAAUGAAUAGUGAUUUUAUUGUUCAUUUAUAGGUGUUACCCCAGACCUCUGCACAGUAGUGUAAAUAUGGCAGGAUUAAAGAAUGUGGAGUGAUUUAUUGUCAAGACUGUUUAGCUUUAUUCAGGACUGAUAUGCUUCUUCAUACUUUGUAUAUGUUUUAAAUGAGCUUUCUAGUUAACCUUGUCAAAUAACAACCCCAAGAAACUUGUUUUCAUAGACCCUUUCAAUAUUCACCCCAUCUAUCUGUAUUUGUACUUUACUAUAUUUAUUGUAUCUGCUAAAUAACAUGAAUUUGCUUUUAGUUAAAAAUGAUAAUUUGUUUGUUCCAAACCAGGUCUUUAGUUUAAAAAGUUCAUCAGAAAUCGCCCGAGCAAAAGAUACUUGUGUCAUCUGCAAAUAAAACAAAUUUUUGUAUUCUUGAAACUUUGCAUAUAUCAUUUAUAUAAAGAAUAUACAGUGCUGCUCGAAAGUUUGUGAACCCCACAGCGAUGGUCAGAUUUUUUGUAAAAAAAACUAAAAUAACCUUAUUAAAUGUUAAGUUAUACCCAUAUCCACAAUACUGACAUUCCAAAUAAUGGACUGAAACAAAAGAAAUAGUUAUAUUGUCAUUCUUUAUUUAACAAAAGUGGUUGAUUUAAGAAAAACUCAUAUCAUGUGUGCAAAAGUAUGUGAACCCCUUCAGUUAAUAGGAUAUUGCGCCUCCUUUUGCAGAGAUUACCUCAACCAAACGGUUUCUGUAGUGACUAAUCAGCCUCUCACAUCUACUUUGGGGGAUUUUUGCCCAUUCUUCCUUGCAGAACGCAGUCAGUUGAGAGAGGUUUGAUGGGCGUCUGGCAUGAACUGCUCGCUUCAGGUCCCGCCACAGCAUUUCAAUGGGAUUUAGGUCAGGACUUUGACUGGGCCAGUCCAGAACACGAAUCUUCUUCUUUUUCAGCCAUUCCUUGGUUGUAUUGCUGGAAUGCUUUGGAUAAUUAUCAUGUUGCAUGAUCCACCUUCUGCCAAGCUUUAACUUCAAAACAGAUGGCGUCAGGGUUAUGUUCUAGGAUUUGACAAUAUUCCUCAGAAUUCAUGAUUCCCUGGACUAUGUGGAGUUGUCCAGGUCCUGAGGAUGAAAAGCAAGCCCAGAUCUUGACAUUCCCACCUCCAUGCUUCACUGUUGGGAGAAGGUUCUUUUGGUGGUAUGCAGUGUUGACUUUUCGCCAGACAUGGCGGUUUUGGUUGUGACCAAACAGUUCAAUUUUGCACCUACAUCAGUUGAUGAAAACUCUUUUUAAUUUAGUCUCGACAACACAACUGUUAAAAAAACAAAAAAAAAACUACUGAAUUGAUUGAUUAGGAAAUCAGGUUGAAAUAAUAGAAAAUUCCAAAAUGUUGAGGGGGUUCACAAACUUUUGAGCAGC